AUGGUCAAAAUUCUUAAAAAGCCCUUGAAAGAUGAUCCUUUUGUCAUGAACUCAGAGCUGAAAAACCUCGACAUUUCAUCAAAUCAUCUUGGAGAAACAACCCUUCAGCCCUUUAUCUUCCAAAAAUUAAACAAACUCGAAGUCUUGAAUUUGGACUCAAACGCUAUCCCCUCCCUCCACGCUGAAAUCUUCGCUGCAAAUGUCAAUCUCAAGAAACUCUUUCUCAACAACAACACCUUGACAACAUUAGAUAAAACGAUUUUCUUAACGCUUGGAAAUCUCGAAAGCCUCUAUCUCGCAAACAAUGCGAUUUCGGACCUCAACAAGCAUACUUUCAACACUCUUCCCAGCUUGAAAAUGCUCUCUUUAUCGAAAAACAAGCUGAGAAAUCUUCACGAAGACGCAUUUUUGAACCUCGACAAGUUGACUCAUCUCUACCUACAGGACAAUUUGCUCACGAGACUACCAAAAGGACUAUUGAAAAAUACUCCAAAUAUGCAGUUCUUGCAUCUUGACGGGAAUCAGAUUUCAUCGAUUCCUUCUGAAAUAUUUACCAGUUGUACCCUCGUUUCCCUCGGAAUGUCCAACAACCAGCUCACUAGAAUCGACAACUCCUUCGGUCAAUGUUCGAACUUGAUGACGAUCGACUUGAGUAACAACCAAAUGCUGAGCGUAAGCGGAAAUUCCUUCAAAAUGGCGAGAAAGCUCGAGUUCGUCAACAUGAAGAACACGAAUAAAAACGGCUGUAGAAAUUGCGGCAUCGAAGAAAAUUGCUGUCUUUUGUGCUCAGUCGAGUUUCAAGAGAAAGAAACUGGCUGUCCAAAAGCGCUGAUUGGAAGUACCUCCCGAAGCUCUCGAACACAACAGACGUUUCACGACGAUUUGAUUGACUUUCUUGAAACCAAAUAA